CGGUGUGGCGGUGCUGCCGGCCGAGGGGGGGCCCGGCGGUAGCGGCCGGCUCCCCGCGGGGGCUGCCCGGCGGUGCCGGGGCUGUGAGGGGAUGCGCGGCGGGGCGGCGCGGCCCGAGCUCCGCCGCCGGAGCCAGCGGCCCCCCGGGACGGCAGCGGAGGCGAGCGGGACCCGCACCUGGCAGCGGGCAGGAGGGGAGGGAUGACCUCUAAGGAUGGUUCAGGUGAAGCUCAUAGUCACGGGAGAUGACUUCGGCUAUUGUCCUCGGAGAAACCAAGGCAUUGUGGACUGUUUCCUGGCUGGAGCGGUGUCUAACGUGUCCCUGCUCGUCAACGGAAGUGCUGCAGCAGAUGCAGCCAAGCUGGCAAGGAGAUACAACAUCCCGAUAGGACUGCAUGCCAACCUCUCCGAGGGCUCCCCUGUAUGUGAGGUGCUCAAGACAAACUCUUCUCUGCUCAAUGAAGAUGGAUUUUUCCACGGGAAGAUGGGAUUCAGAACAGCCCUAUCAAAAGGUCUCCUGAACAUGUCAGAGGUGAAGCAGGAGCUAAAGGCCCAGGUGGAGCUGUUCCAUGAGCUGACAGGCCACCUACCUCCUCACAUGGAUGGGCACCAGCACGUUCAUGUCCUCCCAGAAGUCAGGAAUGUAUUUGCAGAGGUGUUAGAAGAAUAUGGGAUCAAAUACACACGUGUCCCAAUAGAGCCAGGCCUUCAUAAGUGUGACUGGAUCACACCAUCCCUGAUGGACUUCUAUCUGGGAGUAGAAGAAGAUUCUCUUAACACAGUGGAUGUGUUUACAAGUCAUGGAAUAAGCAUUAAUAUCUGUGUUCCCACCUCUGGCUGCAGGUGGCCAGACAUUUACAUAGGUUUGAGUACCAUGGGCAAGAACAUGUCCGUGAGCACCAUCUGCAGUGCCAUCGACGCUGCCGUUGUGGAGUUCACAUCCAAGGCGCCCUCGCCCACGCACCCGACGCCACGGAGCAGGACCGUAACGAUUGAACUGAUGGUGCAUCCAGGGUACCCGAGCGUCCCGCCCAUCGGCGGCUGUGGGGAAGGACCAGAUGAUUUCUCACAGUCCUGGGAGCGCCUGCAUGAACUCCAGACAUUAAUUAAGCCAGAGCUGCAGAGCCAUUACAAAAGCAGGAACAUUCAGCUCUGUUCAUUCAAAGAUCUCUAAGGAAGCAAACAUACACACACCCCUACGUUUGUAUUUUGGGGGUGCGCAGAAGCCAGCCAGCUGCUGUUUGUGCUACCUCCCUGACAGGAGCCGGGGAUGGCCUGGGAAUGGCAUUAGGCCUUUCAUGGAAGGUGCAACACCCUGUGAGCAGUGACAGUACCCCAAAGCCCAGUUUUUAGGUCACAGCAGCUGCUUUGAACGUUGCAGCUCUUUGCAGUGUAGCCCACUCGCACACCAUUCUGUGGCACCAGCAUGGCAGCAAAGGUCCGCUCACACUACCAGAGGUCAGUUCUGGCUGAUGUGAUGGUAAACGGCACAAAGACAUUUGCUGGGAGACCAAGGAGGCUGCUAGCACCCUGCCAGGCAUGAUCGUUUCUGUUUCAGCAACAUUUUUCAUUUCUGGACUUAUUGCCAAAACAAAAACCAAACCCACACGCUGCUUUGCAAGCAAAUGCUUUGGAACAACCCAUUGUUGCAGGCUGGCUACAGGGGAACCAGAAACCUGCAACAUUUCAUUUUUUUAACACAUGGUCUUGCUGCAUGGACCCUCACCUGCUGCUCGUGCCUGCCCAUGGUGCCAAGGGCUCGCUGCUUCGGAGCAUUUCCCCAGUCAGAGCAGUCGGAGCGUGGUUUUAGCCUGACGGUGAGCACAGCCAUGCUCCAUGGAUGUCCCCAGCCAGCACCACUUAAAGCUCUUUCUAUUUUUGUUGCCUCAGCAUUGAGCCAUCACAGAAGAGUAACCAUCAGUGACAGCCCUUUCAUACUUUUUUUUUGUUGGGGGGGAUGACUUUACAGGAACAGCAACUGUUGACCCAGCUGCUGUUUCAGUAGCUGCUGCAUGUAAGAGCUCACCAGCACCCGUUACUGUGCUGCCCACUGCCUGCCAUGAAAAAUGCACGGGAUGGCCGUCCACCAGUUGACAGCAAGUUUUCAAGGGGACAAAGUUCUUGUACCUUUGUUCAUUUUUAUUCCAAUCAUGAAAGCAUCUGAACUCCAGCAAGCCCUAGUAAUCCCAUGUUUAACUGCAUUUUUAACUGUGGCCCUGUCACUUGCUCGUAACUUUCAUGUGGGGAAAAAAUAUUGUUUACACUAAUUUUCUGCACAGAAGCACUCUACUUAGCAUUACUUUUAACUGUUUUUAAAAUAUUAAAAAUUUCAAUAUGACCAUCAUUCUUUUAAAUGAAGAAUAAACUCAGGCCUUUUUCUAUUGUAAUGCUUCAAGAGACUUUCAUUUUUACUUUUAGCUAAAAAACGCUCAAGUAUCCACUCUAACUGUGAUCACCUGCAGAAUGCCAAAAGAACAUCCUUUUGUACCAUUAAUGGGAACCAGUUCACCUUUCCUUCCUUUUGGACAUCUGAGGGAGUUUUUGUUCUGUACAAAUACAAAAAAGAAAAACAUCACCAGGGACAUUUUAUGAAUAUUUUUUUCAGGCUAUUUCCUAGAUUACUAUCACAGAGUUAAUUUGACUUUUUUUUUAAACAAACAUCUGCCACACCAUGCAAGUGCUAUACAAAGCAGUUUCAGGUUACAGUAGUAGCUAGCACGUGGAAUGACAACUUCUGAAGCUUGUCCCAUCGGUGUUUGAUGGUAAAGUUUUUGUUUCUGUUGUCAAUACAACAUACAAAAAAAAAA